UGGGGCAGAGCUAUAGGGCAGAGCUAUAGGGGAUGAGCUAUGGGAUCUUUCUAUGGGGCAGAGCUUUGGGGGUUGAGCUAUGGGAUCUUUCUAUGGGGCAGAGCUUUGGGGGAUGAGCUAUGGGAUCUUUCUAUGGGGCAGAGCUAUAGGGGAUGAGCUUUGGGAUCUUUCUAUGGGGCAGAGCUAUGGGGGAUGAUCUAUGGGAUCUUUCUAUAGGGCAUUUCUAUAGGGCAGAGCUUUAGGACUCCUCUCUGGGGUUUUUCUGUGGGGCUGUUCCGUGGGGCGCAGCUUUGGCGCUGCGCUAUGGGGCACAGAGCCCGGCAGCAGCCGCGCUGUGGGGCGGGGAUGCCGUGGGGCGCCGUGGGCCGCGCUAUGGGGCGGGGAAGCCCCGAGGGCCCCCCACCUUCGCCCCACCCGCGCCCCACCCAGUCCCGGCUCUCAUAAAUGGGGCGGCUCUGCCCCACGGCCCCGGGGCCUGGCCGAGAUGUGGGGCCGGGCCAUGGGGGGGGCCCGGCUGCUGCCGCUGCUGCUGCUGCUGCUGCCAGGCUCCAUGGGGCUGCAGUGCCUGAGCUGUGGGGAGGAUGACGACGGCAGCUGCCGCCAGCCCAGGAACGUCUCCUGCCCCACGGAGAGCGACGUGUGCAGCGAGGCCCUGGCCGUUCUCAGCUGGAGUGCCGGUGGCCUGGCGCUGACCGCCCGGGGCUGUGGCCGGGGUCAGCCGGGGGCUCUGGCCCGGGCGCUGCAGCUGCCGGGGCUGGUUCUGUUCGAGCGGCGCCGCAACUGCAACGGGGAAUCCUGCAACGGGGAACUGGGAGCACUGGGAGCACUGGGGAGCGAGAGCGCCAACACCACGGCCCCUCCCCCCAACGGCCUGCGCUGCUUCGGCUGCCCCCCCACCGGGCCCUGCCCCCCCGGCACCGUCGUCCAUUGCCACGGCGACCACCGCGGCUGUUUCCAUGGCAACGUCACCCUGCGAUUGGGUAACCACACCCUCCGGCGCGAGGUGCGCGGCUGCGUCCCCGAUGGCGACUGCGCCCGGGAGCGCCGCGGCGACGCCGACGCCGCCAUCGCCGGCUCCUGCUGUCAUGGCGACCUCUGCAACCGGCAGCUGGGCGGGACAACGCUCUUCGCCCCCGACCUGCCGCGCCUGGAGCUGCUGCCGCACGGCCACGCCCCCACGGCCCCGCCCACAAACGCCACCAAGAUGGCCGACGGCAACGCCGGGGAGGAGGGCGCCAAUAUGGCCGCCGGCGAGGGUGGUGUGAGGCACGGCGACGCCGGAACGGCCGCGCCGGAGCGAGGCGCGGGUGUCGGGGGAAGGCGGGCGGGCGGGGGCAAGAUGGUGGCUGGGAAUAAAACGGCCUCAGGAGACAAGAUGGCGGCUGGGGACAAGAUGGCGGCUGGGGACAAGAUGGCGGCUGGGGACAAGAUGGCCGCCGGGAAUAAAACAGCCUCAGGAGACAAGAUGGCUUCUGGUGACAAGAUGGCUUCUGGUGACAAGAUGGCCGCCGGUGACAAGAUGGCCGCCGGAGACAAGAUGGCCGCCGGAAACAAGAUGGCUUCCGGUGACAAGAUGGCCGCCGGAGACAAGAUGGCCGCCGGAGAUAAGAUGGCCGCCGGAAACAAGACGGCUUCCGGUGACAAGAUGGCCGCCGGAAACAAGAUGGCCGCCGGAAACAAGAUGGCCGCCGAUGAUAAAAUGGCCACCGAGGAUAAGAUGGCCGCCGGAGACAAGAUGGCCGCCGGUCACGUGGGCUCCGGGCGGCCAAUGGGGCGCAAGGACGGGGGGAAGGCGCCGGUGGGGCGGGGCCAAUCCCUGGGCGGGCCCGGGUGGCUCCUCCCCUUCCUCCUGUGGCCCCUCCUCCGCUGAGGGCGGGAAUAAAACGGAGCAGGGAAACUGAGGCACGGUUUGGG